CCCCCCGUAAAUAACAAAGCCCGUUCAGUCGUUCACUUGCAGACUUUGCACUACACUCGUUGGAGAGAGAGAAAAAAGAAAGAAUUACGGAGUAAUUCAUUUCAAGCCUUCUAGAAUGGAUAAAUCAACCAUGGUGGUUUUACUGGCGGCGUUAGUAGCCUGUAUGGCGGCGUCAACGGCGGCACAAAGCCCAGCAGGAGUACCCACAUGUGCAUCGAAGCUAGCGGCGUGUUUCAGCUACUUAAACGCCACCACAACGCCACCGACUAGCUGCUGUGGUCCGCUGAAAGGGGUGGUGACAAAUGAAAAACCAUGCCUUUGCAGCAUUUACGGCAACCCUGCUUUGAUUCAGGCUUUUCAUAUAAAUGUGACUCAAGCCCUCAAUCUCAUCCCCCUUUGUCAUGUCGACACUGUUAAAGAUCCCUCCAAUUUGUGCAAAGAUGUAGCACAAUCUCCAUCUUCAUCUUCUUCAGCUUCCACUGGAUCAACUCCAGGGAACGCGUCUAGAAGCAGUCCUCCCCGCAAUGCUGCUGUCAAGAUUACUGGAGCUGGUUCUGCUGGAAUUGUUUCCAUUCUACUUAUGUUUGGGGCAUAUACAAUGUUCUACUAGAUGUUGUUCUGUUCUCUUUUAUAUCUCAAAUUAGUAUAUGUAAUUUAAAGAUUAUUCUAUGAUGAUAUUAAUCACCAAUAUAUAUAUAUAUAUAUAUAUAUAUAUAUAUAUAU